AAGUCUUCUCUUUCAAUACCAAAACCCUGGGUUUUUGAACUUUUCCAUGCAGUGAACUAAUCGCCGAACCAUAACAAAGUACUCUGUACUUUUGGAUAUUCCACUUCUCUGUUUUCACAACGAGCGGUUUCCAGCUACUCUAGCCGGGUUUUAGAUUUAAAAAAUGGGAAAACUGGGGAAGAAAGCAAGGAAGUUCGCCAAGAAGAAUCUGCAAUCUGUGUUAAGAAGAAAAAGAAAGGUUAAGUCUAUGUUCAAGAAGAAAGCUUCAAAAAAAAAUGAGAGGGAUGCAGCUGAAAUUAAGGAAGAAGAUUCACAAGAAUUGUCUAAUAGAAGAAACCAUGAAGGUAUUGAUAUUGAGGAGACAUCCCUUGAUGAAAUAUUUAGUGAAGAUGAUAGUGACGUUGAGGGAUCCAAUUCAGGCAGUGAUGGAUAUCUUUCAGAGGACUCAAGUGAUACAUAUGUAGCUGAAAUUCAACUAGAAGAGAACGGAGUUGGUCUGGAGUCAUCUGCUCAGAACCAGGAAAUUCUUUCAGAACUUGAGAGUAAAAUGAAAAAAUUGGAAAGACUGAAAACAAAGGAUCCAGAGUUUUCAAGGUUUUUGGAAAGUCAUGAUAGUGGUCUUAAAUCAUCCAGAAAUGAAGAUUCUUAUUCAGAUGAUGAUGAGACAAGUAAUGAUGACAUACAGUCAGUAAAUGAAGAUGGCCCAAAUUCGUGUAUGAACAAGCUCUUGACUAGCUCUGCUGUUAAUUCUUGGUGUAACCUAGUUAAAGAGCAGCAGAGUGUUCCGGCCCUUAUUAGUCUAUUAAAUGGAUAUCGAGCUGCAUGCCACUAUGGAGCUGAAUCAACUGGUACCCUAGAUACUGACUCAGGCUAUAGAUUUCAUGACAGUGAAACCUUUUGCAAGACAUUGACAUUUGUGCUUCAUGAGACUGAUAAUGUAUUCCGUGGGAUGCUGGGAAUUUCAUCCACAUCUAGCAAGAGGGGGACCAUUUUGGAACUGAAGAAUACUCCAAAAUGGAAAACUCUGAGGCCACUUAUCAAGUCUUAUUUGAGAAGUACCCUGUUCAUGCUGAAUCAGGCUACAGACUCUGAGAUAUUAGCUUUAUCCUUAAGCAGACUGAGAGCUUCUGCAGUAUUUUUUGCUUCUUUUCCUCCUUUACUGCUUAGACUCAUCAAGAUUGGGGUUCAUUUGUGGGCAACGGGUGAAGAGAUUCUAUCAUCUCACGCCUUUCUCCUCUUAAAAGAUGUGUCUUCCAUGUUUAGUUCAGAUUUCUUUGAUAUUUGCUUAAUUAAGAUGUUCAAAGCCUUCAUUGGUCACUGCAAGUUUGUGGAGCCAGCUUUAAUCAAACACAUGCAAUUUCUAAGGAACUCUUUUGUUGAGCUAUGCUCUCAAGAUCUGCAGAAAUCAUCAAGCAAGGCUAUGAUUUCCAUCCAGAAAAUGUCUAGAAUACUGCAGUUAGGUCUACGAACAAAGAAAAAGGAAGCAGUGAAGAAGAUAUGCAGUUGGCAGUUUACUAACUGCAUUGAUAUCUGGGUUACAUUUAUAUCACAUAAUGUAUGUGAUUAUGAUCUUCAGCCAUUGAUAUAUAUCAUCAUUCAGAUUAUAAACGGAAUAGCUGUACUUUUUCCAGGACCAAGAUAUUUGCCUUUAAGACGCAAAUGCAUUGAGUGGUUAAAUCAUCUCUCUAGUUCUAGUGGAAUUUUCAUCCCCGUCACUACAUUGGUGUUGGAUAUUUUGGAAUAUAAAAUAGGGAGGGAGGGUGGGAAGCUUGGGAAGGACUUCAACUUUUCAUCUACAGUGAAGUUGCCAAAAUAUUUGCUGAAAUCCCGAAACUUCCAGGAAGAGUGUGUUUUUGCUGCCAUUGAACUGCUUUCUGUGCACUUUGCUCAUUGGAGCUACCACAUUUCCUUUCCUGAGUUGGCGACCAUUCCACUAAUCCGUAUAAGGAAAUUUCUUGAAAAAACUACUAUUGAGAGUUGCCGGCGAGUUGUGAAGCGCUUUGUUGAUAUGGUGGAGCAGAACAUUGAAUUUGUGCAAAAGAAGAGAGAUGAGGUGGUAUUUUCACCGAAAGAUCAUCAGUCUGUUGAAACAUUUCUUCAGCUUGAGAAGCACAGCAGCAAUGCCCCAUUUACACAAUAUUAUAAGAGUGUUAUGGAAAGGGCUGCUUCAAGGAGUCUGAUCUUGAAUGAAAAGAUAAGUUUCCUUGAGCAGAAGCAAUCAAAAAGGAAAAGAGGACAAUAAUCAACUAUCACAGUGUAUGUUAGCCAGUGUCAAUGGUGAACAACAGUGGGAGCGAAGAAAGGUAGAGCCCUUGUUCAUCGAUGAAAGAAGAAAUAGAAUUCAAGGCAGAAUUAAAAAGCUUGAUUGUUACUGCCUUCCUACCUCUAAAUUUUGAUGUGUUGUAUGAAGUAAUACUCAUUUAGGCUUUUGGAAGUUAUUCUAAUUAUGAAAAGGGAAAAAUUUUGUCUACCAUAUUAGGAAAAGGGAAAUUAAAUUUUGGAACACCGCACCGUCAAUUUAUGUAACUUUCAUUCUUUUCUAUAUUAUUUGUGUUAAACAUA